AUGCCCAUUGCUGUAGAUACAGGUUACGACCGAUACUACAAUAAAUACAUCAAUGUCAAGAAAGGGGGCCUCGGCGGUAUCUCCAUGUUGCUUGCUGGUUAUGUUGUUGUCAGCUACAUCUGGAGCUACAGUCAUCUGAAGCAUGAUCGGCACAGGAAGUACCACUGA